GUCGUAUACUGAGCCACACUGCGACUGCGCAGAAGAUUCAAAACCGGAUGUGUGAUCAACUAUUCGAUUUGUCUCCGCUUCUUUUCUACAAAAUAGCAAAGAUGUCUGGCUCAUCAAAUCUCGUUGCGAUGAAGAAAGUUGUUCAGCAGCUGCGUUUUGAAGCGAGCAUCAACAGAGUGAAGGUGUCCCAGGCAGCAGCAGACCUUCAGCAGUUCUGCAUGCAGAAUGCCCUCCAGGACCCCCUACUCACUGGGGUCUCCUCCAGCACCAACCCCUUCAGACCACAGAAGGUGUGCUCCUUCUUGUGAGACAGACCCAUAGGACAGACAAACCACAGCAUUAUUUGGCCUUUGUUUUGAUGCUACAGGGAAAAAGUUGACCUCAACACUGCUAUUCAUUUCCCAUGGCAUUCCACUGCCACAGAAUCUCAUGAAGUGUAGAAUAACGUGUCAGAAAUCAUGUAA